AUGGCGAGCGGUCAGACUACCUCGCAAGGCGACUUACCCACGCAGAUUCUCCAAACCCUCGACCAAAAUGAACCUAUCCUGUCAUCGGAAGUCUUCCCUACACAAAAAUCGGCGGAUGUCAAGAGCGCAUUAGACCGACUUGCAUCGCGUUCUAUGGUCACGUACGAGACAAUCGACCGAGAAGAGGCAGUUCUUGAACCCGAGGCUGUGGAAAUUGAAGCGAAUGGAAGUCACGAAGCGCGAGUGUUCGAGGCUCUCUCAAGGGCAGUGGGGGGCCUUACUAUCGCGGAACUCGAGGCUGCUGUGGGGGACAAAAAUGUGGUAAAGGUCGGGCAAGGCAAGGCUUUCAAGUCAAGAUGGAUUUCGAAGGGCGAGGGGGGUCGUCUGGUGGCGUCUACGGACUCAAUACAAGACAUAACCCGCGAGCAGCUCCAGACUAUACAACAAACGCGGACACAUCCAGAUUCUAAGGUUAUUACAGACUUGAAGAAGCGGAAAUUGGUCAAGAUGCUAAAGGUCAUUGCCUACAAAAUCCAUAAGGGGCCGAAGUUCGGACUUGAAAUUGUAAAGGAAGAGACCGACUUGACGGCUGACAUGCUUGCCUCCGGUGCUUGGAAGACUGCUGCUUUCAAGCCAUACAACUUCAAGUCACUAGGAGCAGACCAAAACGCUGGUGCCCUACAUCCCCUAAACAAGGUCCGACACGAAUUUAGACAAAUCUUCUUCGAGAUGGGAUUCGAGGAAAUGCCGACCAACCGCUACGUUGAGACCGGUUUCUGGAAUUUUGAUGCCCUCUUCGUCCCCCAACAGCAUCCUGCUCGUGAUCUCCAAGACACCUUCUACAUUUCAGACCCAAAAGUGGCAGACAAACCACACGUUGAAUCGGAAGAGGAUAAGGGCGACUACGACUCAUACUGGAAAAAUGUACAAGAGGUUCAUCAAGAAGGAAAGUAUGGGUCGAUCGGUUACAGAUAUCCAUGGGCUGAGGAUGAGUCACUUCGAUUAGUUCUCAGAACUCAUACUACGGCCAUCUCCACAGCAAUCCUCCACAAGCUGGCAUCUAAAAAGGGCCCUGAUGGACGACCACCUCCAGCACGAUACUUCUCCAUCGACCGAGUUUUCCGUAACGAGACGGUUGAUGCAACACAUCUUGCCGAGUUCCACCAGGUCGAGGGUGUCAUUGCUGAUUACGGCUUGUCUUUGGGUGGGCUAAUGGAAUUCAUGGAGAUCUUCUUCAACAAGAUGGGUAUUGAGGAUCUCCGCUUCAAGCCGGCAUACAAUCCGUACACUGAGCCAAGUAUGGAAAUCUUCAGCUUCCACAAGGGGUUGAAUAAGCUGGUCGAAAUCGGCAACAGUGGUAUGUUCAGACCUGAGAUGCUGGAGGCUAUGGGCUUGCCUAAGGACAUGCGUGUCUUUGGGUGGGGCUUGUCUCUGGAGCGGCCAACCAUGAUUAAGUACAAGGCAAGUAAUAUCUCAGAGUGGGUGGUGAACAAUAUUCGAGAGUUGCUGGGACACAGGGUGGAUUUGUCUUUCAUCGAGCGAAACCCAGCCGUGAGACUAGAGAAGACGUAG